AUGCAUCAAAGACGCAUCAUAGAUCUUCAAUUCUUGGAUAUUCUUAAUAGAACUAGAAUGAUUGGUGGAAAAAUGAUGCUGACAGAAUACUCACCUGAACAGUAUUACAAAGAGACACUAAUAAUACCAGAAUUACUCUGUCAAACACAACAUAAUUCAUUUGAACAGAACCCUCGACACAAUGAUAUUCACGGCAGUAGUACUAGCAGUCGCAGUGGUCUGCAGUUAGACAGAAACAGUGGUGGUGGUUUUGGCGGCGGUGUAUCAGAAUAUGCCCAAGAUUCAACGCUAACCGAGAAUGAGGCAAGUUAUCGUUCUAUUGCACCGACUAGGAAAGCUUUAAAAUUAGGCGCCAUUGAAGAGAUGCUGUGUGCUCCACUAGUGAACACUGGAAUUCACAAAGAGGCAAGCAGAUCAGAUGAAGCGGUUUUCGAUGCUCUGAAAGGCAGUGGUGAAGAGAAACCAGUUGCCUAUUUUGUAGAACAAGAGUGUCAGAAUAACCAAGAAAGUCAUUGCCUAGGUAAAAUAUAUGUGCUUUUAACGCCUACAAUUGAAAUUCAAACAACACCAUUACUGGGUGUUCCAUUGAAUCAAUAUACCAUGACAACAUGUUGUUCAGUAGAGGUGAAAGCGGAGAAGGAGAAUGGAGAGAGCAGGGAGUGGAGGAGUAGGACGAAGAAGGAGGAGGCGACGAGUGACGACAUCAUAUCUUCACCGAAUCAACAACAACACCCAAUGGAACAGUCGUCUAACAAGGCUGUAAUGCAGAAACCAAUCAACGCAUAUCUCAGUGACACACAGAAUCAAAAUUCUAAAGCAAAUGAUAAUAAGCUGAACUUGAUAACCAACUUUAGGGAUAACAAUAAUAAAAAAGCACACCUGAAGAAGAGGAGUAUAUCGUUAUCACUUGACAAACUGACACAAUCACAUCUGUCAAUAUCAAAAUUUAUACUACGAUUGAAGAUUAGAUCAAGAAGUCUCGGAAGACUUGAUCUGCAUCAUCUAAGCAUUGAAGAGGGAAAAGUGUCAGGAGUAGACGAUUCAGAUGACGAAGAGAUUGAAAUUUCUGCACGGAUACAUCCUUUCAAGGAGGGAAUCCAUAAGGAGGCGAAUUUAGUCAAGACAAUAUUCGCUACGGAACAAUCAUCUUAUCAUGAUGAAAUUGGUUUCAGGCGAGAUGUACCUCAAGAAGGAAGUGAUGAUAAAGUGGAGAAAACAGAAACUGAAAAGCGUCAGAUUUGGGAAAAUGAAGCAGUAAUUGAAACACAACUACCGCCACCACCACCACUAAAUACUGAAGACUCCUUCUGUGCUUCACAGACUAAACACAUGGAACAAUUAGAGGCAAUCGAUCAACCAGUUCUACUCAAGGACGAUAAUACCAAAAACCUCAAAUUCAAAAUAGAAGCUGAGAAAACUAUUUCUGAAAUACAGUCACCAACACAAACACAACAAGAACAAGAACAAGACGAAGAGAGAAAUGAGGCAUACAAUGAUCACGAUGACGAUGGGGACGAGGAGGAGGCGGCGACGUCGACGGCGGCGGAGUCGAAAGGGUUGAGUCUACCACUGCCAAUCGAAAUCGGAGGAGGAGAAGGUAAUGACUCAUUUGUAGAGAAGUAUGAAAUUGUCCCUAGAAGAACAAAUGAAGAAACAGACGACGACCAGUUGGAGGCUAUUUCAUCUGAACAAAGUGAUGAGAAUGCGGAAGAAGAAGACAUGCAUAUGACGACAACAACUUCGAGUUGUGGUGAAGAGUCAGCGAAACAUUCCUCCACCUCAAACUUAUUAUCAUCUUUAUCACCAUCAUCAAUCAAGGAACCACAUUGUGAGAAUGAAAUUAUCCUAGAAAGUAGUCUGAGCUACAAUGAAGUCAAUCGACAGACAACUGCAAAAUUAACAUACACCACGACAACUGCAUCGGUGCCAGCUCACAUGAAUGAAUUCUUAACAAUAUCAAUGACAUCUAUUGUAUCACCAUCAAUCCAUUAUAGAAGUGAGCUAAGCUUUACUCAUCAACAUUCUGAACAGAUAAAGACAAGUACACCGACAACUCUGAGUAAACUGAGUGAAACACCAGUGCCUACAAAGAGUGGUGAAUCAACAACCAGCUCGAGUAUUUAUUAUACUGCUCAAAGUAAUCCAAGUGGUUAUGGUGAAAUUGAAGUAGAAGUCAACGAACAAGACGUUGUUCUUCCUGCUGCUGCCUCUGUUAACGUUGACAAGAAGGAUUCAUAUGAUGAGUCUACAUUGAAAGAAGAAGAUAAAACUCCAAUGCAGAAUGAUGAUGAUGUGAUAAAUGAAGCAGAAAGAGAGACGACUGGCACAGAAACUGUCAAGGCGUCAUCAUCAUCAUCAUCGCCAUCGCCAUCAUCACAGAGUGAAGCACAACCUGAUCAUCUACACCAAAUCGAAGAAGAAGUAGAAGGAGAAGAAGCUAGUGAACACGUUGAUGAAUUGAAAGAGAGCAUAGAGGAGGUGAAUGUGGAGGCUAUUCAAUCAGCUCCUGAUAUACUCAAUUGCAGUUUAUCAGAAAACAUUGUAACAUAUAAUGUUGAUGGAGAGUUGAAUGAACAAAUCGCUGUAGUCAGUCUAGAAGUAGAUCAUGCACAACCAAGUGACAUCGUAGACAUACACGACAUGGACACUGACGCUGACACCGGAGUCAGUAAACAGCUUCAUUUAACACAGAUUACUACUGAACAGCCACUAGACGAUGAUGAAAAUCAUCAAUUCCAAGAGUUAACUGAUGCAACAGAGCCACUUGUAGACGACUCACAACCGCCUAUAACUGUAGCCCGUACAGUGGAAGUAGAGCGACAUAAUGAUGAUGAUCAUGAUGAUGAUAAUGAUGAUUUGGGUGAAGUUUCCAUGAACAGACAACAACCGUAUCAAACGACAAGCCAUCCAAUUAAUAUUAAAGAAACAAGCAAGGUGAUGCAAGAACAUUCAGCCAAAUCAGAGAAUAAUAUACUACUCAAACAAACACAUGAAACAGUUAAAAUGGAAGAUACAACAACCAGAAAUGAAAACAAUCCACGAAGAGAAAUACCACGAUUUGUACAAUGUGAAAGAUGCUAG